AUGGACUUGAAAAAUAAUCGCACACAUUCAUACGUGUCCUGUCACAGGGCCACCUUGCCCCCCAUCGACAAGGUGGAUUCUACCCGAGCCGCCGUGGCAUCCUCCGGUGCCCUGCAGAACAUCGGCAGCUACAUCACCGGCACCAUUGACUCCCUCUCCGCCACUCUCGACUCAUCCAACCAGUACAUCUCUUCCACCCUCGGCGUUCACCCAUCCCUCAUCUACACCGCCGCCGCCGCCCUCGUUGCCGUUCCAGUAACAAUGUCUCGUUACGGAUGGUCCCGGAGUCCAUUCAGCUCCCAGCCCGGCGGUGUGCCUACCGUUACCGAUGACGACUUCACAUAUAUUACCUCACAGGAUCUUGACGAAGCCGGCCUGGGUGCCUCUGGUACCACGCGCCGGCAGCAUUCGUCCUCUCCGGAUGAUGAUGUGCUACUGAUCAAAAGAGGAAAUGUCACCUACCCCACACAUUUCCCUCCACGUUCCAUUAGCGACGGCAAGCUCGAAGUCCGCGAUAUUGCUAAGCGCGCGGGUCUCGUAAUGGAUUUGCCGGAGCGCGACUGGCUCUCACUCAAGUUUAUAUACAAAGGCAGCCAGCUCAAGGAGCCAACGGCACCCGUGCGCGACUACGGCGUCAGGAACAACAGCAUUAUCAUGGCCAUUCUGCCCCAAGUCGACGACCGCGCCCACGGCUCCGCCGAUGAAAUAUCCGUUGCCAACGAAAGCAAGGCCCAGAGAAAGAACAAGAGGCGCAAGGCGGCCAAGAAGCGCAAUGCUGGCGACGGCGACUCGGUCAACAGCCCUCGCGACAGCAUCUCGACUGGUGGCGCCAAGUCGCCUUCGCCUUCACCCGUGCCCGGAGCCGCUGGCCAAAGACUCAUUGAUGACCUCGCAGACCAGUUUACGACCAAAUGGCUGCCCAUCUGCAGAGACUUCAUUGCCAAGCCGCCCGCCGACGCCAACAAGCGCAAAGACGAGCAUACCAGGCUGACUGAGAGUGUUUUAGCGCAGAUCCUGAUCAAGCUGGACGAGGCUGACCCAGAGGGCAACCCGGAUGUGCGACAAAACCGCAAGGACACGAUCCGGCGCGUGCAGGAAGUGCUGAAGCAAGUUGACGCCGCUGCCGAAAACUAG